CAUCCUGACUGACUGGUUCAGGAGCCAAUGGCUGUGCAAGGCUCGGAGCUCUGGACCAAUAACUGCUGCGCGAGGAAGCUGCGGGGAACAAUUGAUGAAGUUUAGCUGCUAUGUUUUGUUUUGGUCGGCCGUCAAUAAUGUGAAGUUUUGUUGAGGACUGACUGCGUAAGAAGUAUUUCUUUCUUUUAACACUUGAACAAUGAGGACGCUGAUGUUCAACUCUGGACCGGAAAACUUGGCGACGGCGGCCACCGAGGCGGAGGACAAGUUGGUGUGUGUGGGAGCCAACAACCAGAGCUACAUCUGCACGUCCGGACACUGCUGUGGGCAGACGCAGUGCUGCAGCUACUACUAUGAACUGUGGUGGUUCUGGCUGGUGUGGGCUCUGAUCAUCAUCCUGACCUGCUGCUGCGUGUGUCAGCACUGGAGAUCCAAGCAGCGCUUCCAGCAGCAGCGCCGGCAGAAUGAGAUCAACCUGAUCGCCUACAGGGAGGCGCACAACAACUCCAACCUGCCGCUGUAUCUCAGAUUCCUGCCUGCUUACCUGCUCCCAGCCUAUGAAGAGGUGGUGGACCGGCCAGCCACCCCUCCUCCGCCCUACACGCCCACGGCACUAGCAGCUCCGCCGGCAGACUCUGGUGCUGAAGCGCUGGACCUUCCUGUGGCCGUCUCCGUCCCCAGUGACAGCGACGCCACCCCAGACCUGCAGCAGACCCACCCGCAGGGCGCAUCUCAUCCAAGCAAGGACUCGGGCAGGUACCGGCGCUUCACUGGGGACUCUGGGAUUGAAGUGUGCGACAGCCACGAACUCUUGGACCAGCAUGGCUUUUUAGUACGAGAAGAAGAACCGGAGGACGAGGUGCAGACGGAGGACGGGUGUGGUGGCCACACAUCUGCACACAGACUCUCCGCUGUGGACGCAGAGGCGCCUCGGAGCUAGUCCUGCCGGGGCCACUCCACCUUUGGCUCAGGGGUCAGCGUGUUUGGACAGUUGUACUUUCUGUUUUUAUAUUAUUCUGAUUGUUUUAGAAAAAACGGACGACAAGAUGUUGCCACACGGUUCUGCUCCCGAGUCUUGCACUGGGCCGCGUGCUGACUGCUGCUCAUGACUUCUGUAUCCCGGACGCAGUCCGGUGUCUGUUUUAAUUGCCUGGUUGAGCCAAGUUGCCCCACCUUUUAUACACUAUUUUAUGUUGAUCUUCUAAUAAAGAGUGACAUGUCCGUC